AUGCGGGCUCCGCCACUCGAGCCGCUCCGUUACCGCAGCGGCGGUGGCGGCGACGACGACCAGGGCCGUGUUGUUGCUGCCAACUUCUGCCCCCGCCCCGCACCCCCCGCCGGAGUGACGGGAGGGUCGCUCUGCGCAGGCGCCCGCGGGCCAGCGCCGGCGGCGGGGAGCUCCGAAUCCGGGCCUGGUCCCGGCCCCGGCCGGGUGCGCUACCCUCAAAGGUCGGGGGAGCGGCUGCUCCGUGGGCGUCCCUUUGCCACAAAGUACCCAAACAGCGCGGGAGAGCUCGGCGUGUUAGUGGGUGUCUAG